UUUGAUUUGGAUUCGUUAGGAACGAAACAGCAGGACCAAAGUAAACGCAGCACACAGAGCCAGAAAUGAGAGGAUACGCGCUGAUCGUUACGAACCUUUGCCUGGCAGCUGUGGCACAUGGUUUCGUAGAUUAUGAAUUGAAAUGUACUAAAGACGAGAUUGGCAUACGUUGGCCAAGCUACUACAGUAGCUCAGACUACUAUUUGUGCAAUCGCGUUGGAGGUAAAAAAAUUACGAUGACCUGUGGACAAGGCGAAGUUUUCACGUUUGUGCUGCAAUCGUGUACAUCACCGGGACGUUAUAUUCCCGCACCACCUAUUAAUAUUUUACCAACAAGUUCACCAAUACAGGUACACGAGCAAACAGCCCAUGUUGUCUCUCUACCUAAGCCAUUAUACCCCACCGAUGGUCAACCGCCAAUUAUUGCGUCCCCACAGCAACUACCCGAUAUAACUGCUGGAAAUCCUAAGCCAUUUAACUUUGAGCCACCACAUGGUGAUCAUAGCGAUGCAAGUGAAAACCCUAGCGAAACUAAAGAGGAGUCAGUGAAGCCGUCAUUACCUAACAAGCUCAAACCGUCUAACCAACAAUUGAACGGUGUCACAGUGCCACUACCACCCACACCAGAACCAACACCACCAGUCGUCAAGAAGCCCGUCAAACCGCAAUCUCAACUGCCGGUAAAGAAACAGCCCGCCGCACCAAUUAAGAAACCUACAACAACUGAUAAGAAGAAGAAACCAGUUAAACCCUCUGAAAAACAAGCGCCAACGAAAACCGAAGCAAAAUCGCAAAAGAAACCUCCAACGCCGAAGAAGCCGCCAACACAACCUAAAGAGUAGGAUACGAUAUAAAAUGUACCUAUAACGGUUCAGUUUAAUUUUCAAUAUAACUUUAUGUACACAGUGAGUUAAAUAAGCGGAAUUUCAAUACUACAUAAAUAUUAUAUAAUAAACCGCACUUUGGUUGAAACAUUA